AGGGAAAAUGGAUCCUCAUUCUCAGCAAGCAAGUUUGAUGUUAAAUCAAUUGGAUGUGUUUGUUAUUGAUCAACUAGUCUCGAAUUAUUGAUGUCAUGGACUACUUGAUUCUUUAAAUCAGCCAGUUCAGAUAGCAAGCACAAAAAGAUCUUUUAUUGAUAUUCGCGACAAACUAAACUAUUUACAAGCAAAUACUAAUACAACAUCUCAGAACAAGCCUCACUAUGUCGAAGAGCUGAAAGAGUCCUCAGCUACAGACCACAGCUGCAAAAUUCACUAUGAGACUUACAAACAAAUCAAAGAAAGCUGUGCCAAAGGUGAAACUGAAGUCUCUAAAUCUCAGAUUUACGAGAACUUGCUCAAGCCUUUUAAGCAUGAGACUAAGGUGAUGACCACUCCAGUGACAGGCAAAGAAACCUUUGUGUAUAUCUGCAAGUAUGAUGGAUGCGACAAAGAGUACACUAAAGUCUGGAACUUGCUUGAUCACGUGAGAAUGCAUGAAGGCAUCAAGCCCUUCAAAUGCUCCGUCUGAAGCAAAUCCUUCACACAGAAAGGCAACUUGAAGAAGCAUAUGAAGCAGCAUGAGUUCACGACUCUGAGCGCCAGAAGGAAGUUCAAGUGAAGAGUCUGCAAUAAGAAGUACACUGAAAUGUAUAAUCUCAAGGCACAUAUGAAGUCCCACACAUAGACACGCAAACAAGGUGAAUCUUUGAG